AGGUUGAAGAAACUGUUAUUAAUCAUUUUGUUAUCACUCCUGUAUGAUCAGCAAUGAAUGUAAAUAUGUAUAUAUAUUAUUUUGUUUUCCCCUAGCCUCAUACUUUAGAUUAUAUUAAUAAUAGCAUUCCCACCUUAGCAAAACCAGAACUUUCUCUCACCUCCCUAUUCUGCAUGACUCUUGCGCCUCCCACUGACUAUAAAUAAAGGAGUCAAGGGGAACCACCCUUUGUAACACAUUCUGCUGUAGUUUGCAUUGCAGAGAGUGUGGGUACCCUUGCAAGUAAAACUGUAACCUGUGUGUGUCUCAUAAAUGUGGAGUUGGGGUGGAAACGCCGGGCGCUUUCCCCAACAUAGAAUUUGGUCCUUCGAGCCGGAUCCGAGGAAUCCCGAAGACGUCUCCAGUACGCCGAGAGAAGCGACACCGAAAACUGCCGGCAGUCACUCGAAGACGGGUGCAAGAAAGACCUGUGAUGUGAAUUCGUCAUCAGGCCGGUGGUUAGAACUGCGCUCGACGUCUGGUGAUGUCUGAAGGACCUCGGUGACGGAACAGAGAGCACACUAUACAGGUGAGAGAUAUGGCACCUAAGUGAGUAGGUGGCCAAGUGAGACAUACGGCACCUAAAUAAGUAGGUGGCCAAGACAUGCAUGUGGUUGAGGUUAGCCGAAAUUAACCGGGAGAGAAAGUAGGCGUUAUUGGAAAUAUAUAUAUUGAUGUAUGUGGAUGUGUUUUUAUAGGUUUUAGAUUAACCUACACGAUCCACCCUAAAAGCAACAACAUACUGGUGACUGAAGGAUCAAGGACGGGUUUCAUCCCUGAAAACUAACACCGCUGCUCUAAUAGUGAGCAGUAGAAGGCCGUGUUGGUGUCCUCCUGAGGUCUCAUGCCAGGGACUUGCUUUUAGGAUUUUUUAUGUUUUGUAGUGUAUUCAAUAAAAGGUAACAAUGGGAAAAAAUCUGAGUAAACAAAUCAAAUUAGAGGGAGAUGAGAAGUUUAUGGAAGGAUAUAAACCAGGAUCAGGACAAAUAAGUAGUCAGAGAUGGAGGAAAAAACAUGGGUUUGAAGGAAAACUCCAUACUCCAGAAAUAUUAAAGUUACAGGGAAACUUAAAACUGGAGAUGUUACAGACUACCAAUAAUAAAAAAGGCCAAGAUAGAAAAAAGGAAUACGUUUUCUCUGAUGCAUGGUUAGAACAGAGUAAACUAAGAGAUAAUAAGAGACAACAGAAAAAGGGAAAUAAGGAGAAAAAACUGCAGGUGGCUUUAAUCACACUAGACGAAGAAACGGCAGCAAGACCUUCUGCCCCUCCAGCUCCUCCACCGCCCCCACAAAUUCCGGUGCCUGCACCGGCGCUGGUUCCAGCCACAGAUAGACAAGAAGCGGGGGGGGGGGUGGAACCAUCUCGCAUGUUAACUCGAGGGUCUGAUCCCUCUCUAUAUCCUGUAAAAGAUUUGGCCACAGCUAAAGUACAAUGGCAUCCAAAAAAUAACACAGAACAAGAGGAGGUAGAAUGGCAGUGUCCACUCGUAGAAGUGGCAAAUCCAAAUCGAGGCCCAAAUAAUGCAGGACCCGAAACUAUGUUAGUAUAUAGACCCUGGACCGCUGAGGAUAGAACAGCGGCUUUAAAAGGAAUACCCCUGGUUGAAGAAGGGGUACCCGAGUUUUGGACUGCCAUCCUAGAAUUACAAAGUAGUUUUCAUUUGAACGGCAGGGAAAUGUACCGAUGCCUAAGACAGUUGUUUACCCAUAAAUGGGGACGUGUAGCGGGAGACUUCACAGGACAUGGUAAUAAUGAUGAAGUCUUAGCACAUGACUCACAGGAACUCAUACAAGCAUUACAACACCUGCGAGAGAGGAUAGACACAGUCUUCGUGAGACGUGCAGAUUAUGGGCGAAUAGCGCAGUGCAAACAAAAAGAUGGAGAGGAACCUGAGGAUUUUAUGGAUAGGAUGCGAGUGGUGUUCAGGGGAAAUUCAGGAAUUCCUCACGACGAGGAAGAUGGAGGAGUGUAUCAGCAACAAUUAAAACGAGCUUUUGUCGCAGGCCUAAAGCCUGAAUUGCGAAAAUAUCUCGACAAACAUUGGGUACAUCAGAAUACUGGCUCAGUCCAACAAGCCUUAGAAUAUGCCCAACACGCACAGAAAGCGCAGAAACAGCAAAAGACAGAUACAAUAUUCAGCGCCUCUGACGUGGUAGCGCUAGUGCAAACGAACCCUCGGGGACGCGGGGGAUUCAGAGGUAGAGGAAGAGGAAGAUUUAGAGGCCGAGGAAGAUUUAGAAAUAAACAAACAGGAGGGUUUUCACAGGAAACAGAGUGUUGGACAUGCGGGAAACCUGGACAUUUAAGCAGGGACUGCAGGUCAGGGAAGCGACCAUUUAAUCCAAACUCCACCGAAAAUGACCAAUGACCCUCCUCGGAGACCCCUGUUGCCGACACUAUCCGAGGUGAAACAGAGGUCAUUUUAAGGGAAGAAACGGAGGUUACCUUACAAGACCUCCUGGAUGAGGAAAUAGAUUUGCAAGCAGUAUGUCAGCUAUUAGCAGAAAGGCAGUGGGGAACUUUGCCAAGUCGGAAAUUAAUCAUAAAUGGCAAAGUAUACGAAUGCCUGUGUGAUACUGGAGCCUGUAGGACUGUCCUAACCUCCAGUCCUCCUGAAGUCACAUACUCCUCAUCUGUCAUAAAUAUAAAAACAGCAGGAGGCCAAACAGACAGUCAUCAGCUAACAAACCCAGUUGCAGUAAAAGAUAAGGAAACUGGGAUUGAAUGUCAAGCACAAGUGUUAAUAAGCCCUUCUUGCCCUGUCAAUCUGUUAGGCCGUGACCUUAUGGUACAGAUGGGCAUUAGUGUAGUUGCCACAAACUCUGGCAUGAAAGCAAUCAUAAAUGAGGAAGCCUAUGUUGUGCAAGGAACCGGAGCACCACAAUAUUACUGGUCACUGGACCUAGGGGGAACUGCACAGACACGAGAAUUGUUGCGAAAAACUAGAGAAAAGCAGUCCCCUAAACAAACCCAGUUCAUGCCUGACGAUGCCUUACACGUCACUAUGUGGUACAAAGGCACCCCAGGACCAGAUUAUGCCUAUGACAAAACGUUUCAUGCCCUCCAAGACACUUGUAUUACCUUACAACAUUUGUAUGUUAACUCCACUACUGGCUUUUCUGCUGCCUCAGUCAUCUUAUCUAAUAAACAACAGGCUGUGUUCAGAGGGGAAACACCACACGUAUCUCUAUCAAAACCACCUCAGAUGCAGUGGAGGGAUGUAGAGAUGUUCUUACGAGAUUCCAUGCACAGUCACAAUGACUACCAACCCGUACCUGGCUCCUGUUGGAGCUAUGACAAAAAACACAAUGUGUGGCGGUUCCCUUUGGGAUGGAGAGUUCAAACCACUCUCACCACACACUUGCAGGACCCAACCUGACAAUUUUUUUCUGUUCUGGAGGGGGGAUCAUGUCCAGAUCUAGAUUACCUCCCGGAAGGGUUGUGGUCGUCCUCCCCCACUGAUGUAGGACUGGUAAAGGGGUUCCCACCAUACAAAGUAAUUGUGAAAUCAGAACACCGCCCGGUAGUUAGACAAUACCCGUUAAAACCUGAGGCAGAGAAAGGUAUAGCCCCUGUAGUGCAGGAUAUGUUGGCAUCAGGAAUAUUGCGAGAGGCUCCUGAGGCCACUUGCAAUACUCCUAUCUUCCCUGUCCAGAAGGGACAUACAGGGAAAUGGCGCAUGGUGCAGGAUUUAAGACCAGUUAAUAACAUAGUGCAACACGCAGCACCAGACGUGCCCAACCCACACUUAUUGCUCAACUCAUUAACCCCUGAUAAAAGUUACUUCUCAGUAGUUGAUCUCAGUAAUGCAUUUUUCUCAGUAUCAUUGCACUCUGAUUCUCAACAUUUAUUUGGUUUCACCUAUAAGGGAAAAAAAUACACAUAUACUAGACUCCCUCAAGGGUUUUCAGAAAGUCCACAUGUAUAUACCAUGGCCCUUAGAUAUUCUAUGAGUACCUGUAAAAUACCAUCCCAUAGUCAAGUGCUACUGUAUGUAGAUGAUAUAUUAAUUGCUUCAGAUACAAAACAGCAUUGUAAGGAAGCCACACUGUUGGUGUUACAGCAUUUAUAUGAUACAGGACAUAAAGCAUCAAAACAAAAAUUACAAUAUUGCAGGGAGGAAGUUAUAUAUCUUGGACAUAAACUCUCCCAACAAGGUCGAUCAUUAUUAGAAACUAGAAAACAGGCAAUACAAGAGGCACCAAAGCCAAAGACUAAACAGCAAAUGAUGUCCUUCUUAGGACUUUGUGAUUAUUGCAGAGAAUGGCUACCUGAUUAUGUCGCACUCGUUCAACCUCUGCAAACCUUAAUUUAUGGGAAAGACAUGGCCUUAAAAGAUAAAAUUCAGUGGACAAAAGAAGGAGAAUUGGCAUUCACAAACUUAAAAAUGAUGCUACAAACAAAUGUGAUACUUGCCUUACCAGAUUAUCAACAACCAUUUACCUUAUGUGUUGAUGCUAAUCAAGGUUAUAUGAAAGCGGUAUUAACACAGCCGUUCGGGACAAAGGAAAGACCACUAGCAUUCUAUUCUAAACGAUUAGAUGCAGUAGCAGCUGGUUUUCCACAAUGUUUGCAAGCAUGUGCAGCUGCUGCAGAAGCAGUAAAAUUAUCAGCAGAAUUAGUGUUGUGUCACCCACUCACCCUGAAGGUGCCACAUUCAGUUUCAUUAGUUUUACUGCAGACGCCGCUUCCGUUCCUCACACAUGCUAGACAUCUGACCUUAGUCUCACUCCUGCUUUCACAGUCAAACAUUACUAUACAGCGAUGUGGUCCUCUUAACCCUAGCACCCUUCUUCCGACAACGGAAGAUGGAGAGCCACAUUCGUGCAAAGCAGUUGUGGAAGAGCAAACAAAACCCAGAGCAGAUAUUUUACAGACCCCAAUUUCAGAUUCAAUGGUUGUUUAUGUAGAUGGAUCAGCAUCAAAAAAUGAUAUGGGAAAAAAUAAGGUCGGGUAUGCUGUAGUUACGUCCACUGAAGUGUUAGAGGCCAAUGCACUCCCACCUGCUUGUUCAGCACAAGCGGCUGAACUCUAUGCUGUAAUUAGGGCAUGCGAGCUAUUCAAAAAUAAGUCACUUACUAUAUACACUGAUAGUCAAUAUGUGUUUGGAGCUGUUCAUCACCAUGCAAGAGUGUGGAAAAAUAGAGGUUUUAAAACAUCGCAGGGAACGUCUCUAACUCACACAAACUUACUACUUAGAUUAUUAGAUGUUGUACAAUUACCGACUCGCCUUGCACUGUGCAAAUGUAAAGCACACCAAACCGAUGCUUCCACAAUAGCUAAAGGAAACAACUUUGCAGAUAAAACUGCCAAAGAAGCGGCCCUGAAACAGCCCACCUUAUCAGUGGCAGACAUUCUUUUCAUAGAUAGUGAUGUGCUGUGUGAUGCACAGAUUCAUGCUCCUAAAACAGAAAUACAGAGUUGGAUCAAGAGAGGAGCAAUACAGCAAGGGAAAGUUUACUAUAUGAAUGACAAGCCCAUCCUACCAAAAAAUUUAUACAAAACAGCUGCCUUAGUGAGCCAUGGAAAUACUCAUGUCUCAACAGGAGGGAUGGUACAUAUUAUCCAGCAAUACUUUUAUGCUAUAAAUUUUUCUGAUUAUGCAAAGCAAUUUUGUAGAACAUGCUUAAUUUGCUGUAAACAUAAUGCACAGGGUAACAUGAGACCAAAACGUGGCCAGUUCCCUGUAGCUGAGUACCCGUUUCAAGUUGUACAUAUGGAUUUUAUUGAAUUAUCUUGGUCACAAGGGAAGAAGUACUGUCUAGUCAUUAUAGACACCUUUUCUAAGUGGGUAGAAAUAUACCCUGUAAAGCACUGUGAUGCAAUGACUGUUGCAAAAUGUUUGGUAGGCCAUUAUUUCCCUACUUAUGGCAUACCUCAUAUUAUAAGAUCAGACAAUGGGACUCAUUUUGUAAAUCAGACCAUGUCCCUUUGUUCACAAGCAUUAGGUUUUACGCUUAAGAAUCAUUGUGCUUAUCACCCUCAGAGUGCAGGCUUAGUGGAGAGAACUAACGGCACUAUUAAAACAAGGCUCAGAAAAACAAUGGAAGAGACAAAAAGGCCGUGGCCAGAAUGUUUGUCUCUAGUAAAAUUGUGGAUGAGAAUAACUCCCAUUCCUGCAGGAUUAACACCUUUUGAGAUAGUGUACGGAAGGCCGUUUCCUCUAGCAACCGAAAUGAGUGAUAUAGGGAAAGCGGACAGAGAAAAUACAUUGGCUAAUUGGAUGCGAAAGUUGCUAUCAUCACAACAAAAACAUAGCCCCAGUAGUCUGCCAGUAAAUUCUGUUUCUAACCAACAGGAUAACUUGCAGCCAGGGGAUUGGAUCCUGGUCAAGGUCCUGUUGCGGAAGGAGUGGAGCACACCCCGGUGGGACGGUCCUUAUCAAGUCCUCCUCACAACACCAACAGCUGUGAAAAUAGCAGAACGGCCUUCCUGGAUACACAAAAGUCACUGUAAACCCAUCAAGCCCUUAUCAGAGGCCUCAGCGACAGAGUAGCAGUGGAAGUCCGCUACAAAGGCACAGUAACCAAUAGGGUGCUGCUGUCUCAACCCGGUGAAGAAAACAACUGAACUGCACUCUAUUAGGAUGGCUCUGACGGGGUGGGGAUGUGGUAAGGUGACUCUAGGGGUCAUUCUUGUUGUUGGACUUGUAUGGUUGUCCUUGCUCCCACUAGCUCCAUUGCAACACCUACGGCGAUGGACCCAUGACGACUUCCAUCUGCGCCUGUUGCCUGCUGACCACUCACACCCGUUCAUGAAGAACUACUGAAUAUGGAGACAGAGCCUGUUUCCAGCGAUAGCGAUGAAGAAGACAUGUAAUUCAUAAUGACGGCUGAGCCGAAAGCACCCGUGCAGGGCUCGGACCUGAAGUAACGGAAUUAGAUGUUUUUCUAUGAUAAACAGGAGGAACGACUCCUGAUGGUUUUCUGUACUCCACAGUUAGGAUGAUGAUGAUGUGAUCUAAAUGACAGUUGUACUGGAAAUGCUUUUGCAACUUGUACAAUACUGAUGUUUUUGAUCAUACUGUCAUGAUAAACAGGAGGGACUGUUAGGUUGAAGAAACUGUUAUUAAUCAUUUUGUUAUCACUCCUGUAUGAUCAGCAAUGAAUGUAAAUAUGUAUAUAUAUUAUUUUGUUUUCCCCUAGCCUCAUACUUUAGAUUAUAUUAAUAAUAGCAUUCCCACCUUAGCAAAACCAGAACUUUCUCUCACCUCCCUAUUCUGCAUGACUCUUGCGCCUCCCACUGACUAUAAAUAAAGGAGUCAAGGGGAACCACCCUUUGUAACACAUUCUGCUGUAGUUUGCAUUGCAGAGAGUGUGGGUACCCUUGCAAGUAAAACUGUAA